UCGGAGUACGUAGUAGUGCUGCGAAAUUGAGGGCGGAGAGAGCCGCCCGGCAGAUGAUGUCGAGGGAGCGCAAGAAAGCAGCAGCAGCCGGUCUACAUGAGAAGCUGCAGAUCCUGCGAUCCAUCACUCACUCCCGAGCGCUGAGCGAUACUUCCAUAAUCUUGGACUCGUCGGAGUACAUCAAGGAGCUGAAGCAGAAGGUCGUCAGGCUCAAACAGGAGAUCGCGUGUGAAGAAGCAGGCGCGCUGAACCACAACUCCUCCCCGACGACGGUCACCGUGGAAACCCUAGGGCACGGGUUCGUCGUCAGCGUGUUCUCUGACAAGAGCUGCCCCGGGCUGCUUGUUUCCAUCCUCGAAGCGUUUGAUGAGCUGGGCCUGAGCGUACUCGAAGCCACGGCGUCUUGUGCAGACACAUUCCGCCUCGAGGCUGUUGGGGGAGAGAGCCAGGUGGAGAAUGUGGAUGAGCAUGUCGUCAAACAAGCCGUGCUCCGGGCCGUCAGGAACUGCUCGGAAGGCGGUCGCCAACAAGAUGAGUAGCGCAUGCAAGGGCCUGGAGUUGCAAUAUAAUUAAUACUUACCGCCAUCACCGUAGACCAUGUCAGCACGCAUGAUCGGUUAUGCGGCCAUUGCCCAUCCCGUGACUAGUCCCUCUAUUGAUAUCAUCUGAAGAAACAAGAGUCUUCAGAAACCUGCAGCAGUUUCCUCGAUCUGUGUACUAUUAGUUGGGCAUUAUGUGUAUGCCGUCCCUCCUUCUGUUGAUCAUGACAAUAUUUGAUCGUGUUUUCCCCUCUAUAUAUGACUAAUGGUGAAGCCAA